CAUUCUUCCUUAAUCAAAUAACGAGCUUAAGAUCCCAACCAGAACUUGCGCUCCGUAUUGUGCGCUGUGUUGCCGGCGGCAAUGCUCCGUAUGUCUCUGCCUAUGACAGUCGUUCGGGCUCCAUCCAAGGCUCGAUGGGGGAACACCAAUCCUGGCGGCGUCAUCGCUGUUGAAACUUGAACGAAUAGUUGCUGUUUGUCUCAGACAACAUCCAGGGCACCGUUGCUUUUUUCUGCAGUAGUAGACCAAUGCAGCGGGAGGAAACGCAGCUUUUCGUCGACUCGGACCCGGUCUCUGGUGACGAGGCCUCCGAGAAUACCCAAUCAAUUGUACAGAGCAUAGACAGAAGAGCAGGCAGAUACUUUGCAUCCGUAUGUCUCUUCUGCAGUGAUACCUCCUCUGACAGCAGAAAUGGUUCGAGAACCUGGACAGGACAUGGUUUCGAUUCAACCCUUUUUUCCCUCUGGAGCUGCGACAGGGAAGCGAACCCGACAGAUUGCCAGAUCACGGCGUGCCGCCCCCGGAAAGCGACCAGUCACCUUUCGGCGGGCACCGCAGACUGCAGAGUCGCAGAGGAAACUUGGAAGAAGCGAGGCGUGUGGGCGUGGCAUGCAGGUCUGGGCCGCUGUCUCCCAGUCUCUCUGUUUCUCGUGGAGCCCACCGGAAUUGGACGAAGAACGGGAUUGGGAGAGACCUUCAUAGAAAGGGCUGGGCUUUUGGCUGGGAAAACGGAGCUAAAACAUUUUCAACCCUGGCUGAGCUCCGCUGGAAGCCCUAUUCGAUGCAUGCCGCACGCGAGCCGCAGCCAUUCCCGUCGGUGACAUGGGCGAGACGUACGGAUACUCGUACGGAGGGAGAUUCGUACGUAUGCUUUCACUUUGAAGGCACUCCAUGGGUUCAAGUCUCGACUGGCGAUAGGUGGCGACGAGUCACAAAGACCGUAAUACGGCAGAGGAUAAUGCCGGAGCGAAAGGGGCGCAGACCGACGAUCGAUCGGGGACGGCCGUUGAAACGUUCCCGAGAGAUUCGAGAAAGACGGAAAGGCGGCAAUAGGGCCGCGGACCGCGGACGGAUGGUUUGUAAUUUGCUGCUCGACCGU